AUGGGUCAACCUCAAACUCUCGGCUGGAUCUGGCCAAAAGACCAACGCCCCGGAAAACCCUCCCACUGGUCCCGCCGCUGGCGUUUCCGCGACGUCCUGACGAACAAGGGCCCUGAUAUCUAUGUUGGCGUGAUCGGCAGAAACAAAGGAUCGGGAGACGGGGGAGGAACAAAUUGGCAUCGAUGGACGAACGAUAUCACCAACCCCGGUGAGACAGACGAAAAUGACACGCCUUUUCCCUGGGCCCGUCGGAAUCCCGGCGUGAGAUACGACUUUCGGCAGCGGAAGUACCGGGUUCCAGACUUUGCCUCCUGGAGUCAAGUUGACUACUGUACCGGGGCGCGGACUAGGGGACUGUUUUCGAGGCCUGAGGUGCAUUAUGUGCCGAGGAAGUUUUGGGAUAAGUGGGGGAAUGAAAUUCCGUGUCAGGGGUGGCAUGAUUGGAAUCAUGGGUACCAUGUUGAUCGGUAA